UUGCAUACUUAUAAGGUUCGUAUUGUAUAAAAAGGGAGAGUGGACAGGGAACAGCAUCAUUCACCGCAGGUUAACUGAAGUAUCAGAAUGUGGUCUGUGAGGGAUCUCGGUGUCGCAGCUCUAGUUGUAAUCGUCGUGGGACACACUGCAGCCCAAGCCUUCCCCGUGUAUGAAACGGUCGCCAAUGACAUCGAGUUUGGUCCUUCGAGCCCGAUCGCUGCAAGGGACGGGACACAGUUCUGGAAACAUUUAAUGCACCCCAUGUUUGAUAGGCUGAGGCGCACCGAUGGUAGCGAGUCAAGUAACGACUUCCGCGAAAACAUGCUCAAACCGACUACAUAUUUUGAACUGGUGGGCACACCUCCCCCUGCAGAUAAAAAGAAUGUAAACAAGAAUAACCAGGGCCCCCCCAGGAUGCAACGGCGAGAGUCGUACGUGCCCGGAGUCCCGGAGCCGGAGUUGUUCUUCAAAAUUUACGUCUAA